CAGAUUCGCAGAUACAUCGCUCUCAAAGAUACAGAUACAUCGCUCAUUUCGCUUCAAAACCUCGUGACGAGCGGUUGCCGCGAUUGCCGCGUUCGCUGUCUUUCCGAUUUCCUCAAAAGUCAAGCCACUUUUUUACAAAACUACAACAUUUUUUUUCGAAGCAACAAUCAUCUGUUAAACAAAACAAUUCACCGCGUCAAACAACCCAUUUAUAUAUAUCCAAACAUAUAUAUAUAUAUAUCCAUAUACGAAACAAGAAAUCACUUGAAAAUAUUGUGUGUGGUGGCAAAGAAAAAGUGAGUGUUUAUUUUUGGGAAAUACAAAAUAGAAAUAGUUAACCAAACCAAUCGCUUCCAAUGGAAAUCAUGUGCCUAAAAAUGCAAAUUGCUCCAAGAAAAUCAACAACGUCUAUUUAAAACAACAACAACAACAACAUCAGCAGCAGCAACAACAAGAAAGCCCAACUCAAGCCAAUCAAAUACAAAACGUGUUGGGAAAAAGUCAAAUAAAAAAAAAAUACAAAAUCAAACAACAACAGUCUCUCGCGCACACGAAUAUUUUUAUAAAUAUAUAUAUAUAUAUAUAUAGCUAUAUAUAUAUACGUACGUAUAUAAAAUUGCAUAAAAAUAUUUUUUACUCAAGACAACGCACACACACGCACGCAGCAGCGAGAUAUACACAGAUACAUUCGCCGCUCGUCCACACACUCGCACACAUAGGCGACGACGUGGCCCCCGCUUUCGGUGUGUUGGUGUAACUGUGUGCCAGCGUCGUUGCUCCAACAACAACAACAACAACAACAAUACCGCCGGUCGCCAAGUUGAUUAUUAUUAUUUUUUUGGCACGCCAAUAAACCAAAAGCCCAGCGAAUAUAAUAAUACGAGGCUGGCAAAAAUAAUAACAAAAUCAAACACCGUCGCCGGCGUCGUUUUUGUGUUAAUUAAAUUUACUUUUGUGAAUGAAAUGCGAAAGAAAGCAAAGCGAAAAAUCAUCUUUAAUAAAUGCUAAAUAAAACCAGCAGUCGCGAUCGCGAGUAAGAAUCUAAAAAAAACACCCCCCUCACGCCUUUGGAUUAUACCCAAAAAAUAAAAAAAUAAAAUACAAGAAAAAAAACCCUCGUAGUAACCUUAAAAAACCGAAAUCAUCGCCACAUUUUGGAUACACCUCGAAAAGGAUUACACAACACAUUUAUGGUGAUUAAUUACGGAAUUUGUAUCACGGAUUGCUUUUGAAAAUCAAUAAAGCAAUCAGCAGCUGUCCAAAUCUGCAGCAAAAGGAUGAAGGCAAAUCGAGCUGAGUCCGGGCGCAGCAACUACGAUCGGCGGCAUUGAGGAUCUCGGAUCUCGAGGUGGAGGAGCGAUCUCGAUCUCGAGGUGGAGCGAGGAGCGGAGGAGGAGGAGUGGAGGAGUGCAGCUGGGGGAGGAGUCCUGGUUACAACACUACAUGGAUCGCAGAAAUGGCGGCGAUCCCUUGGCGCCACCCCGGCCCCCGAAGUUAUUACCGCGCGUGCAUCGACCAAGGGCGCCGGAGCCGACGUUAAGUGGUGUCGACCAUCCAGUAGGAGCAACUGCAUCAGCAACAUUAGCGGCACUUGCAACACCCGCAGCAAUCCAUAGCAACAACAAUUCACAGCAGCAACUUAGUAUUAGCGCAGCAGCGAGCAACAACAACAACAACAACAACAAUAAUAAUAACAACAACAAUACGAUAUCGAUAAUACCCGCAUCGCCGGAUUUUGACGACUACCAGAUCCACCAUCUGACCUUCCUGCCCCAGCGUCCAAGCAGCUUGAGCCGUAAUAGCAGUACGGCUUCGUCGACGACGGCAACGGGGAUUAGUGUGUCCGGAUCGGGAUCGGUUUCGGGAUCAUCGUCGAGUUUUACGAGACGUCGACCGCCGGCACCCGCACCGUUGGUCAAUACCAACAACAACAACAACAACAACAACAACUUCCUUAGUCAUUUCCAAAGCGCUGAGCCGGUGAGCACUGCUCUGGGCCAGCCGCCCGCCUCUCCCGUCACGCUGGCGCAACCGCGACCCGAAUCCGAAAGGCUAACCAACGAGUAUGUGGACACGCCGCUGCAACAUGCGACGCGCUCGCAGCAUCCGGCUGGCCAGCAGGAUAAUGGCCAGACGACCACCCACCACCUGUUGCUGUUGCCUCAGAGGAAUCAGCAUCUGCACCUGCAACACCAGCAACAGCAUCUGCAGCAACAGCAGCAGCAGCAGCAGCAGCAACACCUGCAACAGCAGCAUCAGCAGCAGCAACACCAGCAACAUGCGCGACUGGCGACGACGACGCAGGCGACGUCCGUUGGAAGCGACCACACCGAUGGCUUACUACAUUCGCACCUGCAAAACAGCACCAAACCACCCGCCUCGAAGCAGCCGGCACCGCCCAGACUGGGAAUGGGUCUGGGAUUGGGCCUGGGUCUAAACCAGCCCAUCAUCACCAAGCAGCCGGCACCCGCCACGCAAAAGGAGCACAUGCAUGCCCUGGAAGAGCUGCUGCAGCCGGGAGGAGCCGGCGGCAAUGGUGGACCACUGGUGAUGGCCGGUGAUCCCAGCCUAAUGAAUCCCAUUCUGUGUCCAAGAUGUGGCCGCUGUCGGUGUGAGCAGUGCCAGAGCCCAAGGCCAUUGCCCCAGACAUGGGUGUGCAACAAGACGUGUCUGUGCAGCGCCGAGUCGGUCAUCGAUUAUGCCUCCUGCUUGUGCUGUGCCAAGGCCUUGUUCUAUCACUGUGCCCGGGAUAACGACCUGGACUGCGACGAUGGCAAUGGCACACCCUGCGUGGAUAAUCCCUGCUCCUGCGGACCCUACAAGCGAACCCAGAGAUGGGGCUGGCUGGGAGCCUUGUCGAUCUUCCUGCCCUGCCUGUGGUUCUACUGGCCAAUGAGGGGCUGCAUGAAGCUGUGCGAGAAGUGCUACGGGAGAUUCGCAGGACGAGGAUGCCGCUGUCAGGGUAUCGGAAGCGGUGUGUCUGGGUCAGGAGGUGGAGUGGGAAGCAUUGGUUCCACCAGCAGCAUGUUGCCCAUAGUGCCCCUGGGGGUAAAUGGCAAUGGACUGGGUGGCGGCGUGAGCCUCUCCAGCGGCGUGACGGAUGGUGGACUCAACCAAACCAAUGGCAAGGCCAUGGAACAUGGAUGCAGUGCCGCCAGGAGCAUCCUGCGAAAGGGUGACCUCACCCCGGAGAAACGACUCCUGGACUCCAGUCCCGACUAUUAAGGGGUGAACGUUUUUGUGCCCGGUUUUUUCCCAGAGGAAAAACCUUCAAGCACAGAAUGGAAACCCAAGGAAAAUCGCGGGCUGGAUCGUGAACAUAUACCCCAUAUAUAUAUAUAUAUACGGAAAAUAUUUAAUAUAUGAUUUAAAAGGAUAUAUAAAAAAAAAUGAGGAAAGAUAGAAAGAAAGAAAGAAAAA